CCCCCCCGGAGCCCCCCGGAGCCCCCAGCCAUGGGCGACGAGGACGAGGACGAGGGCUGCGCCGUGGAGCUGCGGAUCACUGACGCCAAUCUGACCGGGCACGAGGAGAAGGUGAGCGUGGAGAAUUUCGAGCUGCUCAAGGUGCUGGGCACGGGAGCCUAUGGGAAGGUGUUCCUGGUGCGGAAGGCCGGCGGGCACGAUGCGGGAAAGCUUUACGCCAUGAAGGUGCUUCGCAAGGCGGCCAUCGUGCAGCGCGCCAAGACGCAGGAACACACUCGCACGGAGCGCUCGGUCCUCGAGCUGGUGCGCCAGGCACCCUUCCUGGUCACGCUGCACUAUGCCUUCCAAACCGACGCCAAGCUGCAUCUCAUCCUGGACUACGUGAGUGGGGGGGAGAUGUUCACCCACCUCUACCAGCGGGAACACUUCGCUGAGGCCGAAGUGCGGGUCUACGGGGGUGAGAUAGUGCUGGCGCUGGAGCAUCUGCACAAGCUGGGCAUCAUUUACCGGGACAUGAAGCUGGAGAAUGUCUUGCUGGACUCGGAAGGCCAUAUCGUCCUCACGGAUUUUGGCCUCAGCAAGGAAUUCCUUUCUGAGGAGAAAGAACGCACCUUCUCUUUCUGUGGAACCAUUGAGUAUAUGGCUCCCGAGAUCAUCCGAGGGAAAUCUGGCCACGGCAAGUCCGUAGACUGGUGGAGUCUGGGCAUUCUUCUUUUUGAGCUGCUGACCGGGGCAUCCCCCUUCACCCUGGAGGGUGAGAGGAACACGCAGGCUGAGGUCUCCCGGCGGAUUCUGAAAUGUACUCCUCCCUUUCCCUCUCGGAUCGGGCCAGUUGCUCAGGACCUGCUGAAGAGGCUUCUGGAGAAGGACCCCAAAAAGCGGCUGGGGUCGGGGCCCCAGGGGGCCCAGGAGGUGAAGGAUCACCCCUUCUUCCAGGGUCUGGAUUGGGUUGCUCUGGCUGCCAGGAAAGUCCCAGCUCCAUUCCGGCCCCAGAUCCGUUCAGAGCUGGAUGUGGGUAACUUUGCAGAGGAAUUUACCCGGCUGGAGCCCGUCUAUUCUCCCCCUGGCAGCCCGCCCCCUGGAGACCCCCGCAUCUUCCAGGGUUACUCCUUUGUGGCCCCUUCCAUUCUGUUUGACCGCAACAAUGCAGUGAUGACUGACGUCCUGGAGCUGCCGGGGGGCGGGGACCGACCUGGCCGGGCGGCUGUAGCCAGGAGCGCCAUGAUGCAGGACUCCUCCUUCUUCCAGCUCUAUGAGCUAGACCUCCGGGAGCCUGCCUUGGGCCAGGGUAGCUUCUCAGUGUGCCGCCGCUGUCGCCAGCAUCAGAGUGGGCAGGAGUUUGCUGUCAAGAUCCUCAGUCGCAGGCUGGAGGUGAACACUCAGAGGGAGAUAGCGGCCCUGAGGCUUUGCCAGUCACACCCUAAUGUGGUGAAACUGCAUGAAGUCCAUCAUGACCAGUACCACACGUACCUGGUGCUGGAGCUCCUGCGGGGUGGGGAGCUGCUAGAGCAUAUCCGCAAAAAGCAGCAUUUCAGUGAAUCGGAGGCCAGCCAGAUUCUACGCAGCCUCGUGUCCGCCGUCAGCUACAUGCAUGAAGAGGCUGGGGUGGUGCACCGGGACCUCAAGCCGGAGAACAUCCUGUAUGCUAACGAAGCCCCUGGAGCCCCGGUGAAGAUUAUCGAUUUUGGCUUUGCCCGGCUGCGGCCUCAGAGCCCCGCAGGGCCCAUGCAGACCCCCUGCUUCACCCUACAGUACGCUGCCCCUGAGCUGCUUGCCCACCAGGGCUAUGAUGAGUCCUGUGACCUCUGGAGCCUUGGGGUCAUCCUGUACAUGAUGCUAUCGGGGCAGGUGCCCUUCCAGGGGGGCCCUGGCAGGGGUGGACAGAGCCAGGCAGCUGAGAUCAUGCGGAAAAUCCGGGAGGGCCGGUUUUCCCUGGAUGGGGAGGCCUGGCAGGGUGUCUCAGAGGAGGCCAAGGAGCUGGUCCGAGGACUGCUGACGGUGGACCCUGCCAAGCGGCUGAAACUGGCUGACCUCCGGGACAGCACCUGGCUGCAGGAUGGCAGUGCCCGCUCCUCCCCUCCCCUCAGGACCCCAGAUGUGUUAGAGUCUGCUGGGCCCGCCGUGCGCUCCGGGGUCAAUGCCACUUUUAUGGCCUUCAACCGAGGCAAGAGGGAGGGCUUCUUUCUGAAGAGCGUGGAGAACGCCCCCCUGGCCAAACGUAGGAAGAUGAAGCUAGGCAGCUCCAAGCCAGCCCGGAAGGGCUCCCCUGCCCCUCCCCCGGCCUCUGCCCCCUCCACCCAGGGACGAGGGGCCCCGCCUGCCAAGGGGGCUUCUCGCCGAGCCAAAGGCCCUUUGUCUCCCUCCUAGUGGGGCUGGGCAGGGGCUGGGUGAGGAAGGCUGCCUGAGCCAGGGGCCAUUGUGACCCUGGUCUUGGAGAGGUGAUCAGCCCUAUGGGGAGGGAAACUGUGAGCCCGGCGGAGGAGAUUGGGGCUGGGGGAGCCGCAUGGAGGGAGAGGCUCGUCUCUGCCCUGGCCCCCUCCCCCAUUUCCUCCCGGGCACAUCCCUGCCCCUCCCUCCUUGACAUCCUCGCACCCUCCAAUCCGUCUUGCCCCUGAGGGCCCUCCCACCCCCAGUCUCUGUUCCUUCCCCCUCUAAGCCCCCCCCCACCUCCCCCAGAGACUGAGACAGAAGUAUUUUUAUAAACAGAGAACUUUUUUUAUGUCUUUCCAGGUAGAGUUAGUGAUGCAGGGAUUCUGAGGGGAGCUGAGGGGGUGGGGUGGGGGGGGCCUUCCGUCCUCCCCACUCUUGCCUCUGUCUCCCUCGCCAGUGUUUCCUGGUGUGGUGGCAGCUGCAGAGCCGGGGGGCUGGGCAAGGCGUGACGAGCUCUGCCCUUCUCCGCCUCGCUCCUUUUCAGCUUGGCCUGCAGCCAGCCAGGCCUGGGCCUGAGAGAGGGGCAGGGGAGGCCUUUCUGUCUGAUGAGCUCAGGCCUGCCUCUCUCCCUCCUUCCCAUUUCUUGAAGCACUGAGCUGAGUGGCCAUAGUGAGGACUGGGGCUCCCCCUUCCCUGCCUGCUUUGGGGAGCAGGCCAGCGGGGGGACCCUGUUGUCAGGAAGGGGAUGUCAGCCCUGAGUCCAAAACUGUCACUUUAUGGGGCGUCUGUGCAAUUCUCUCCACCAAAGACUCAAAGUCUCGUGGAAGCCGCUGCACCCCUGGGUAGGGAGAGGGGGUGCUGAGCGUCACUGUGAGCUGACUGUCCCCUCCUUAUCCCAGACCUCCCAGCUGGGCCUUCCCCUAUUGCCCCCCUCCCCCACUGGGCUGUGUGGGCCUCCCUUGUGGAAUAACUGAGGGACAGUGGGGGAGGGGGCCUGCUCUCUGACACCCCCUCCUCCUGCUUUUGCGCAGCUGCCCCAGGCCUGGGGGAAGGGGUGCUGGCAAGGGUGUGGGGGGGUGUUGCUGGGCUGGUGGGGGGGAGCUCCCACAAUGCUUAUCUGGUCACUGCCUCAGCCGGCCCAGGCCGUGCCUUUGACUUCAGAAUAAAAAUCCCAUCCCAA